AUAAUGUACCUACAUCACCCUCUUUCUCACGGUUCAAGAGAGGGUGGAAUAUAGUUUGCGGUCGGCCUCUGGCCACCUUAUAUACCCUCGAAAGCAACAGUUGGUGGGGAGUUACGCGAGCCGACAGGCGCACAAAACGCGUACGUGGGUGCAACGAGGAAGGCUCGAGCGGGACGACGUCGGGGGUGCGUGCGAGACGGAAGAGAGACGGUGCGAGAAAGAGGGGGUGGAGAGAAUCGGAAAUCGGACGGACAUGCGUAAGAUCCGACAAUACAGAGACGAUAUGUCUGAGGAAGGCAGUCGCGUUGAAACGGCGCCCGAUGUCGGACGUGGGAUUGUACGCGAACAGUUUUGGACGAUGGUCCACGAUGGACCACGAGCACUCCGAGAUGUUACGCGCGUAGAAGAGCAGGAGGGAACGAGCGCGAGAUAAAUUACGACGUGAGGAUCAAUUUAAAAAAAUUUUCGACACGCAACUCGAAAUUCGUUGACGAUGGUUAUUUUGUGAAAAUCAAUUUUUGUGCGGCGAUAACUUUACGAAGUCGGAGGGGGAAAAAAGAAUAGACGAUAAGGAACGAUAGACGUCGUGAUUCGAAGCUGUAUACAUACAAAUAUAUAUAUAUAUAUAUAUAUAUAUAUAUAUAUACAAAAUAUACAUCAAAAAUAUUUAUAUUGCGUGACGCAAUAUAUAGCGACGAGUGUCCAGUUAUAUCACGCAACGUAAAAUUGCUAGAGGGAUGUUCGGAAUUUUUCGAACGGCGAGACGCAUGCAUAAUCGCGUGCUACUUGCAAACGUUUCUGCCUCGUGCUUAUCAUACAUUUUUAUUCCACAAGAAUUAUUAUAAAUAGUCAAAGGACAAAGGAUUAAGGUACAAAUAACCUGAAUAAAAAAAUGGAGAUCCUGAGACGCCAUACAUAUGGGGCAGAUGACAGACGAUAGAUAAUUAUUAUUAUUAUUCCUAUUAUCCGGGGCGCGUUAUGGAGAGAUGGACGCUUAUCGUCGCGAUAUAAACAGGUGUAUCGUCGGCGCGCGCGGCACAUCGAGUGCGUUUUUCACGACGGACACGAUAUGGUGAUCCUCCGCGAGCCGGUCGCUGUUUUUGUCACGAGAUGUCGGCUGACAGUUGACGAGUCGUUACGCAAAUUAGCCGCGAGAACACCGACGGAUCCGUGCGAAUUGGACGAGUCAACGUCUCUCGUUAGCGUGACGAAGGCGCGAGGCGGGAACGGGACGGGCAGGAAGAUCAAUCGAAUAUAAAAAUACGGCGAGUAAUUUUCUUCCGAAGAUGUCUUCUCGCUCGAAGAACGGUGACAUCGGUCGGAUUCGGAAAUUGAUGAUCGAGACUCUGGAGUCGGAAUCCAAGCGCUGCGAUGAGGGAAAUAUAUUGGGAGCGGGCUGGUGUCCCGAGAUUUGGGACAAGAUACUCUGUUGGAAUUCGACGGCACCUGGACAACUGGCUGUUCAGCAGUGUCCCUCUUACAUCGUGGGUUUCGACUCUCAUGCGUUCGCGUCGAAGCAAUGCAUGCCAAAUGGCCAGUGGUUCUGGAACGUCGAAACAACGAAUGCGUGGACCAACUAUACCCAGUGCUACCAGGAGCAGCUGGUCACCGUUCUGAUGAACAUAUCGGACGUACAAGCGAACAACGUCAGUCUCAUCAAGAAAUACUUCCCAGUUGUGAAGACUAUCUCGAAACUCGGCUACUCAAUCUCGCUGUUUACUCUCAUCAUCGCGUUUUGCAUUUUGGCCACCAUCAAGAAAUUGCGAUGCCCGCGGAAUAUAUUGCACAUGCACCUGUUCGCCUCGUUCGUGAUGCGAGCUUUCAUGGCGCUACUGAAGGACAUGCUCUUCGUGUCGGGCAUCGGACUGGCUGAAGCCGUGAUCAAAGUCGACGGGGAUUAUUGGCUGAUCGACGAAAACGACGGCAAUUGGCACUGCAAGGUGUUCACCAGUCUGUGGCAGUAUUUCAUCCUGGCCAACUACUCCUGGAUCCUGAUGGAGGGUAUAUACCUGCACAAUCUGGUCUUCAUGGCGCUCUUCACCGACGCCAAUUCUAGCAUCAUAGGCUACGUCAUUUUUGGAUGGGGUCUACCAGCCGUAUUUAUCCUACCUUGGGUAGUCACGAGGAUCAUAUUCGAGGAUACAUAUUGCUGGACGACCAAUGUAAAGCCUCUCUUGUUCCUCUUCAUACGAGUGCCCACGAUGCUCUCUAUUUUGGUAAGUUAUAUUCAUUUAAGUCGUAUUUACUAUAUUAUUUACAAUUUACUACAUAGAGAUAUAUUUAAAAUAAUUACUAGGCGAUGGGCAAGAAGCACGUUAGUCCUGGUACCGCUCUUUGGGGUACACUACGCGUUCUUUAUUGGGAUGUCGUAUAGCAUCGGCGUAAACGAGACCGUAGAGAUCGUGUGGCUGUUCUGCGACCAGCUGUUUGCGUCUUUCCAGGGCUUCUUCGUGGCGGUGCUGUACUGCUUCCUGAACGGCGAGGUGAGGGCCGAGGUGUCAAGGGCACUUCGUGGGGUCAAAUGGACGCAUCUACGCGGAAUCCGAUGGGGCCAGAGAUCGUCAACGCACUCGGUCAGCACGUGCAGCUGCAACAACGUCGCAAAGUCCGGCGGCCGUCGGCACUCGAGAAGAUCCAGGUGGUGGAAGUCGCGCUGGAAGACACCCUCCUGCCUGUUUCAGGAUCGCGCCAUUCGCCGGUCCACUCACUCGAUGGCGAGUACACAAGAUGUUGGAACGAGAGGAGGUAGUCUAGCGAGCAGCAGGGGAUACCUAGAGAUCGCCGGUAACGGCCAGCCGCCGACGCAGAAUCAUCACGUUCAUCAUACAUCGCCCCUGUGCAGCAAGUACACGGAUCAAUCGCUGCUCUCCUUCUGCUCGAACAUGUCAAAUGCGUCGGGGCCGAACAUCGACAAGACUCGCGAUCAGCAUCGAUGGAGCGACUCCGAGUGCUGUCAUCUCGCAUAUGAAUUGCAGAAUUUACAGCAGCAACAGCAGCAGCAUCAUGGACAACCGUGAUAGCACCCGCAUUUCACGAUAGGAAAAAAAAAA